AUGCUUGUUGUGCAAGAUCUAUCAAGACAUGGACUUCAGCUCGACCUUAGAUCCUUUUUCGCCCUUCGAACUGCCGAAAAAAUUGCUGUUACGCUAGAACAUCUUCGAACAAAGAAGGACAGCUUCAAGCUUAAGAGUACUUUUAAUUAUGAAAUUCCACUUCUACCACAGCAGAAGAGGCUGUGGUUUCUCGCUCGUUUGCAUCCAAAUAGGGAUUCGUACAUAAUCCGUCUUUUGGUGGACAUAGAAGGACAAUUGGACUUAAAGCGUUUCAAUGUUGCGCUCCAUAGGGUGCUCAUGUCCAACCCGGCAGUCAGAUCAAUUAUUAAGAAUGGUAAAGAACCUGUGUUUAGUAGACAAUCCGGAACAGAGUGUUUCCACGAUUUGAGUCAAGAUGAUGUCGAAAACCCAUCAAUAAAUGACAAUUCGCUGAUAACUGCCCGACUGCGCAAAUGCAGCAGUAGUUUCGAAUUUGAUCUCAGAAUACAUCAUCUCAUAAGUGAUGGAAGAAGUCUAGCUGUACUUGGUGAAGAAAUAGCGAAUGCCUAUAACGGCGGACAGACAAAGAAGGAAGACCCCACGUUCUUCGAAAACUCAGCACAUAAUGACGUUCUGGACUUCUGGAAAAAGUACUUGAGUGGAUACGAACCGUGCUCUGUUGAUGGGAAUCGAAUUUGUGGAGUUGUCGAAGGUGAAGCUGGUUACGUCACUGCAAAUCUCAGCUUUAUUGAAAAUUUACGCGUUCAAGAAUUCUGUAGUACACAUCAGUGCACUCUUUACCAUUUACUAGUCAUGGCGUAUGUCCAGACAAUUCGUAUGACAUAUGACAAGGAGGAUGUUAUUGUGGGGACCACAGUUGCUAACCGAACAGCGGAAAACAUAAACACCGUAGGACUUUUUGCAAAUACAAUUCCGCUACGAUUUAGUAAGGAAUUUAUCGAUUUCAAAGAACAGUUGGCGUAUACAGUAGAACAGAUCUUGUCAGCAAUGGAAUACCAAACCACCCCGUUAGCAAAAAUUAUCGAAGAAAUGGUGAGGGAGCGCGAUGUAGAGAGUGCACCACUAUUUCAGCAGGUUAUCACAUUUGAAAGCACUUCAAUAAAUGAGCUACCAAAGAUGGAGGGGCUUACUACCAAAUGCAGAACCACGAAAACUUUCUAUACUCAGUUUGAUCAAAGCUGGAUUUUCCAUCCAGGUGAAGGGCUUAGUCUUACUGUACAGUACGACAAGAGCCGCUUUUCAUUGCAGCAUAUGACAACCCUUUGCAUUGAUGCCGAAGAAUUUGAACAGUGA